AUGGCCACAGCUUUUCUCUCAUUAUUUGUACUGGUAUCUUUUCUUUGUUUUCUUAAUUUUCCUUUGAUCGAUUCUUUCAAAGCUGAUCUGUAUGUUUCCGCAGACAAUGCACCGCCCAUCUUUGAACCAACCAGCAUCAUUAUCGCCUUCAUCGACAACCUCCUGGACUUCACCGUCGAGGCGGAGGACCCGGAAAACCGCCCCCACCUGACCUACUCACUGGUAGGAGCCCCACCCGACCCAGACCUGUCGCUGUCCAGCGAUGGUCAACUGACGUGGACACCCAAACAAAACUCAACUCUCGUCGUCAACGUCAUGGCUGCUGACGAAUGCAGCGCGAGUUCUACACAGUCACUCACAGUCAUGGCCCGCGACUGUCCGUGUCAAAACGGCGGUUCCUGUCCUCCCUUCGCGCUGGACAGUCCGGAUAACAUCAACUGCACCUGUAACGGUACGGGCUUCACAGGUCAGAUGUGUGACGUGGAUGUGGACGAGUGUCUGAACAGCCCGUGUGACCAUGGAGUCUGUAACAACACCGUCGGUGGAUUCCACUGCGAGUGUGAGCAGUACUACACAGGUCCUCUGUGUGACCAGGAGACGCCAUGUUUCUCCUACCGUUGCCCUGACAACGGGACCUGCGCAGACAUCCCAGGCGCCAUCCAGUGUACCAUUUGUCCUGAGGAGUCGUCUGGGAACAGCUCCCUGUGUGUGGUCAUUGAAAUUUCAUUGGACCCGUGCUCCUCCAACCCCUGCUACCAUAACGUCACCUGUGACGUACUUGAUGACGUGUACACCUGCGGACCCUGUCCUGCCGGGAUGACUGGUGAUGGAGUCGAAUGUGUGAAAGAUGUCACAGAACUUCAGGGUUCUAGCUGGUACCAGCAGCCCGUGAACAUCGCGCUGCUGUCUGUGGGAGCAGUCACCGUCGCUGCAGCUCUGAUCGGAGUCGCUGUGUGGCGCGUCAAGUCACACAACGCCACCAGAGGCAAGGUUGGAGAUCUGCCGCUGGAGGAGAGGAGGAAGAGCCACCCUUCCCAGGAUCUCCAUGUGGAGGAGAUGUCGGACCAGGAUGAUAAAGUUGAUUAGUAUAGUAUUGCAAUGUAAAACUGAUAUUUUCAUUUUAAUUGACUGUUCAUUCUGUGAACAAGGUCGACGGAGUUCGUCCGAAAAUUUAUAGGGGUCCCUAUAGUGUUAAUUCCAGUGUUGGAUGUAACUUGUUAGCAUUUUUCUAUAGAACUGUUAUGUUUUCUUAUCGCCUCAUUUUGAAAUCUAUAUACCCAGUGUAACUGCAUAACGAGCAAAACUGUCGUUUUGAACAACUGGUUUACACUGACAUCUCAACAAUGUUGUCUCAAGACAUUGUAAGCUGGGAUUCAGUUUACAUGAACUAACUGAGUUAUUGUAAUCCCAAACUACAGUUUUUUCUGAGAAUUGUCUUAGAAAAAACGAUCUUCUUUAAAGUACAAAAAGAAGGACACAUCAUCUGGAUAGUCCUAAAACUCUUGAAAGAUGAACGAAAAUUUCCACUGAAGUUAUGGUCGGAAAGGCAUUCAAAAUAUGUGAUUGAACUUAUAUAGGAAAAGUGCAUUUUGCUGGGAAAUGAGGCCUAUCUGCUCAUUCGUAUGGGUAUCGGAGACGUAUCAUAAAACCCACAAUGUACUAAAUCAUGUAAUAUUUUGCUUUCUUAUUUUUGUCUUGCAGUGUGUGUGCGUGUGUGUGUUGUGUUUUAUAAUUUGUGUCACCCAUGAAUAGAAUAUCA